UGCUUCGCAUGUUUGUCGACGGAGCGGAGGUGGAGACAGAUGAGAAUAGACGGAGCUGGCGAACACUGCGAACAGUAACGUCGUACGUGAAGACGAGAAAGUGCUUUACGGUGCUUUAGUGCAAUACAGUGCAUCUGCUAUAGUUGAGAAAAACGCUGUAAAUAACUCAGUUAUCGUUACUUGGUGUCGAAUCAUAACCACGCAACAUGUCCUUUUCGUCCCGUGAUACUGUCGCUUUAUCGAGACAGGAGGCGUUCAAGGACUUUUCUUACUUCGAUGAGGAGACUGUGCCCGCAAAUGUUCACAAACCGAUUCCGUUGCAACCAUUAAAAGCGACAUCCGCCAUCAUUCUCACUGGAUACAUUCCUGAAAAUGCGUCGAGGUUUUCGCUGAAUUUGAUAUGCAAGGCUGCUGGAAAUAUUGCUCUGCAUUUUAAUCCACGACUAGACAGGGGAUAUAUUGUCAGAAACACGAAAAUACGUGGAUCCUGGGAGGAUGAAGAAACCUGUUCGCCUGCAAGCCUAAGCGGUUGUAUUUUCCGCCGAAACACCUAUAUACACCUUAUGAUUUUCUGUACGAAUGAUGCAUUUCAGAUUGCGGUAAAUGGUGAACACUUCUGUGCCUUUUACUACAGAAUGCCUCUUGAAGAUAUAACAGCUGUCGAAGUUAACGGAACCAUCGAGGAUGUUAGGAUUCGUCAGCUUAAUUUAUUUGUAUACCCAGAUCCUAAUAUCUGCAGGCCAUCUAGAACAUUAGUCCUGACGAUUGAAGAACCGCUUGUGGAUUUUCUAGACGUUCCAAUUACCGUGGAUAUUGGCAGUGAAUUUCACGUCGGUUCUCGUUUAUUCAUUGCCGGAAGAUUAAAAUUACUGCCACACUCAUUUUAUGUGAAUCUACAGAAGGGUAAGACCAUUUAUCCUCAUCCCGUUAUACCGCUGCAUUUAAAUCCGCGUUUUUUAUAUGGCAGCAGCGCGCCAUAUGUUGUCAUGAAUUGUUGGAACAAUGGCGCAUGGGGUCACGAGGAGCGACAUCAAGGCCACUUAUCCUGGAUGCCGGGUCGCGACUUUUUACUCACUUUCCGUAACGACAGAUAUCUGUACUCAAUAGCAUUCGUUGCGAAUACGAGGGAUAUACAAUAUGGCUGGGUAAUAAGAUGAUCGGUGAAUUUAAACACAGACUGCAAUCAUCGAUCGUGGACACUCUACGAAUCUCUGGUGACAUUGUCCUUUAUCAACUUAGUAUGAGCUACGCUUGAACAAUUGAUGAAUUGUAACCAACAUAAUAAUUUAAAAAAAUAAAAUGAACGCGAAUGUUAAAGCAUGAAAGAUGGUAAGAUUUUAUUUAGUUCUUUAUGAACGCUAAAUACAACGCUAAUUUAUAUUAUAAUAUCGUCAAUAUACUGUUAGAUUGUAAUUCUAGAAGAUCCAUAUUUUUUAUGACCCAAUCAAAGGCUGGAUCUUUCUGAAACUAUCCCAAUGCUGAGACGUUCUUGAAUACUUCUUAAUAAUCUAUUUAUAUAUAUGUAUGUUUGCAUUUGUAUAUGUUACGAAAGAUAUUUAUUCACGAGAAUAAAUCAAUAUAUUGCAUAAC